AUGUCCACGUGCGCUACCCAAUACGAUUCGGAUCGAUUGGCUAGCUGGAAUUUUUUGAUCUCCCAAUCGGUGGACUUGGCCACUUCAUUUAUUACAAUAAUCGCAUCGGUGUUUGCUAUAAAACUGUUGGUUUGCAAGUCGAUAUUCCAGAAUUCCACGAAGAUAUUGUUGCUUUUGAAUUUGUGGUAUGCGAAUUUGCAUCAAGUGAUAUACGGAAUGGAGGCAGCAAUCGUUAUUUAUAAGCAUUUUUAUAUGCAAGACAAACCUUGCUCCCUGCUCCAACUUGAAUCCGAUUGUGCUCCAUAUCAAAAAACGCUCCUGGGCUCCGCGAGCGGUAUGAUUCUUUGCCAGACCGGUCUUAUCCUGGAACGUUCUUUCGCCACAUUCCUCCCGGACUACAAAGGGAAGACUAGCCUUAUCACAGACACCUCCAUAGCUAUUAUUAUAUUUGCCAUGAGCUCCCAAACCGGUCAAGUGGUCUACUGGGAUAAUCCUUUGGCUGGCGCGGUUUUGGCGUGUUUUGUGUUCCCUAAGCAGAGUGGCUCACGCCCUCUCAAUUAUUUCUUUGUGUGUACUGUCGUGGCUCUGCUCAAUUUGACGGUGGCGAUUGUGUUGAAGAGAUAUAAUAAAAAGUUGGAGUAUCAGUGA